CUUAGUAGUUUUGCAGGCAGGAGAGCUCGACUUCAUAGCCAGAGCCAGAGCACGCACGGGGACUCGUUUUCGAGAGCUGGGGGAAUUCAUACUCUUAGAGUCGAGGCCGUUCGGGCGUCGCAGCGAUGGCAGUGAACAAGUACCUGUUGGUGUCGCUGCCGCUGCAGGGAUCGUCGAACCAGACCUGGGAGAGUCUGCAGAGCGGUGUCUCUCGUGCUGCGUUUGACACGCCCACGUACAAGUUCCAUAUUCCUGAGCUGCGAGUAGGGACGCUGGACUCGUUGCUGACGCUCAGCGACGAUCUGACUAAGGCCAAUCAAGUGGUGGAGACGGUGACUCAGAAGGUGCGAAGGCAAAUAGACGACUUGGAGCGGGCAUCCAAUUCCGACAACAGCAGCGCUCUUUCUGUGGAUGGAGUUCCCAUCGACUCUUACAUCACCAGGUUUAGCUGGGACGAGGCGAAGUAUCCAACCAUGACACCGUUGAGAGAGAUUGUGGACACAAUCCAGGAAAGCGUGUCGAAGCUGGAAGAUGAUCUGAAGGUAAGGGUUUCGGAAUACAGUAAUGUGAAGACCCAAUUGACGACAAUGUUGCGGAAGCAGGGUGGCAGCAUGGCAGUGCGGGAUCUUUCGAAUGUCGUGAAACCCGAAGAUAUUGUGAACACGGAGCAUUUGACGACACUUUUGGUGGUGGUGUCGAAGUAUUCGCAGAAGGACUGGCUGGCAAGCUAUGAGACAUUGUCCACUUUUGUGGUUCCACGGUCGUCUAAGAGGCUGACGGAGGAUAACGAAUACGCCCUUUUUACAGUGACCUUAUUCCGGAAGGUGGCGGACAACUUUAAGACCGCUGGAAGGGAGAGGGGUUUUCUGGUUCGGGACUUUGAGCUGGACCCAGAGGGGCAGUCAUCGAAGCAGGAGGAGAUGGCUAAGUUACAGAAGGACCAAGACGAGCUUCGUCAAUCUCUUCAACAGUGGUGUUAUGCUGUGUAUGGGGAGGUCUUUAGUGCUUGGAUGCACGUGUGUGCUAUUCGACUGUUCACAGAGAGUAUCUUGAGAUACGGACUUCCACCAAAGUUCCUGGCCGCUGUACUCGCUCCAAGCUCGAAGACCGAGAAGAAAGUCCGUGGAGUGUGUGAGAAGCUAUCCAGCGGGACAAACAGUUUGUUCUGGCAUUCCGAAGAUGAUGCGGGAAUGAUGGGACUCGCUGGUGGAGACUCAGAAGUGCAUCCAUAUGUGUCAUUGACAGUGAAUUUAUCGGGAUAGGAGAAUGUUUGUUUGUUGAUUUUAGUGUUGAUCUGCAUAAUUGCACUCAUACGAUAUUGCAAUUAUAUUCGAAAUAAAUGAAUACUUCAUUUUUGACACUACAUACCAAUUUUCAGUUAGCACUUCACUAAAUUAUUUAAUAAAUUUACUUCGUUUUUUUC